AUGCGCGGGUAUGCAGUUUUACAUCCAAACGAUUCUAAAGUGAAAAUCGUUAGUGACUCUACAAUUAGUAGCAUCAUCUGGCAGAAGAAGAUAUUGCUCCAGAAUCUGAACAUUACUCACAUUCUUGCAGUAGUUGGUGGAGUAGAUAUGCCAUUUCCUGAAUGUUUUAAGUAUCUUCGUAUCGAAUCUCUCGACAGCGCUGGCGUUGAUUUGGCUCAACAUUCUACUGAGUGCCUCUCGUUCAUCGAUAAUGCUAGAAUGAGUGGAGGUGGAGUGUUGGUGCAUUGUUUUGUCGGCAGAUCUCGAAGUGUGACUAAUGCAACGGCUUACAUGAUGAGAACGUGUGGAGUCCGCCUUUCUCAAACGCUUGCUCAUAUCACUAGUAGAAGGAAGGAGGCUCAAUCGAAUCCCGGUUUCUUGAAUCAACUUCAGAAUCUCGAUCAGGAACCUAAGCUACGUUCUUGA